AUGGACAAGCCGGCUGCCCAAGACGCCGUGGACAGCGAUCACGAUGAUCCCGGACCGGAUUCUCCUGCUUUGAGUCGGAGCACACGACACAGGCGGAUCCUGUUUACGGUCUUUGUGAAAUGGGUCGUGACUGUCGCAUUGGCCGCGUCCGUAUACGUCGUUCUCUGGAGUUAUUCCAGCAAAGCUGCCAUGUCUAGCGGCACGAAGCGGGAGUUCAAUGUCAUUGUCACAGGGCUGUCCAUAGGUCUGGGCUUGAGCACCGCCAGCUCGCUCAAGGCCAUGGUGAGAGAACUGCGUUGGUGGCUCCUAAGCCUACGACAAUACUCGUCCAAGGAGGUCGAGCUCAUCUUAAAGAGCGAGCAUCUCAGCUGCAUGAUACAAUUGGGGUGGAUAUCGCGCGAUUUGAUAGUGUGGUUGUUUGUCUUGUUCUGGCUUUUCAUCAACUUGGCCGCGCAGAUUGCCGUCGCAACAAUCGGCUUGACGUACAACGUGGACUCUGCAGAGAACAUGGCUGUGACGGCGCCCGGGAUGGUAUAUGUACCAAACCUGUCUUCGGUCGGGUCCAUUAAGGACCCAGAAAAUACGAAACCCGAACUGCUGCGAUAUUUCGCCCACGAGCAUGGAUUAUAUGCCGAGCAUCUCCGCCCAGGCAGCGACCAGAAUCUGCCGCGCCCCGGCACUAUCGACAGCAUGAAGAGGCCCAACAUGUUUUAUAGCGAUCACUCGACCCGAUGCACCUAUGUUUUUUACGAGUCAGCCCCAUAUAACAUGACCGGAGCAGCGCCUCCCGAUGUCCGGGUGGCGACGAAUCGCUCCAUAGCUUCCAUAACGACUUGCAGCAGCCAUCGGGUCCUCGAUGAUGGUGCCGGCUGGAACAUGACAAUCACCCUCGAUGAUGGCAACGAGACUCGGAUUGGGCCUCCAAACUGGAACGGUUUGGGCCAAAUGCUCUACAUGACCGACUUGGAGCAACUGGACCUGACGACUAGGUGGAGCAUUGUCAAGGCCUUCGAGGCGUCGGUAACGGGCUUCUGGUAUUAUCAGUGCAACGUUUCCAUCGAGCAAACCACCAAUGCUGUGCUGGAGGCGCACAAACUCAGCGCUUUCGUGGCGACGCUGGCCUCAGCUGGCAUCGCACUCCAGGGAUAUGGCGCCGUCUUCACCGCAACGAACCGCAGCAGGUCCCGGGAUCAGUUCCAGAGCUACCCGUUCGAAUCCUUCUACGGAACCCCGGUGCAAGGCAACGCCACCGUUAUGGGCUGGCACUUAUCGCAGUUUGCAGUAGGCGUUAUUGCAAGCGUCGCUGAAAGAAACGACUUCCGCCUAGUCCCCGGCAUGACUCCCUUGGAGACUACCACCCUCAAGCUAUUCGACUGGGGGUUUGUGCAUCUGAACCUCGGACUCAUCGUGGGCCUGCAGCUGCUGCUUGCUGCUGGGACGGCUUGGAUCGCUACACGUCAACGUAGUUGGCACGCGCCGCGGUAA